ACCGCGCGCCGGGCCGGAAGGAGAGGCGCAGGCGGCGUGUGUUCUGCGGGCUGGAACCGGCGACUCAGGGACGGGGCCUGUUGGCCGCCGGCGUCAUGGUGUCGCGCGUGCAGCUCCCGCCUGAGAUCCAGCUGGCUCAGCGCCUGGCAGGCAACGAGCAGGUGACCCGAGACCGGGCGGUGAGGAAGCUCCGGAAAUACAUCGUCGCCAGGACUCAGCGGGCCGCAGAUGGUUUUACUCAUGACGAGCUGCUGAAAGUGUGGAAAGGACUGUUCUAUUGCAUGUGGAUGCAGGACAAGCCGCUCCUCCAGGAAGAAUUAGGAAGGACCAUUUCCCAGCUCAUUCAUGCUUUUCAGACCACGGAGGCACAGCACCUGUUCCUGCAGACCUUCUGGCAGACCAUGAACCGCGAGUGGACAGGCAUCGACAGGCUGCGCCUGGACAAGUUCUACCUGCUCAUGCGGAUGGUCCUGAACGAGUCGUUGAAGGUUCUGAAGAUGCGAGGCUGGGAAGAAAGACAGACCGAGCAGCUGCUGGAGCUGCUGACCGCAGAGAUCCUGCGCCCCACCAGCCAGGCCCCCCACGGGGUGAAGAGCCACUUCAUCGAGAUCUUCCUGGAGGAGCUAGCCAAAGUGGGCGCCGAGGAGCUCACGGCAGACCAGAACCUCAAGCUCAUCGACCCCUUCUGCAGAGUCGCCGCCCGGACCAAGGACUCCCUGGUUUUGAACAACAUCACUCGAGGCAUCUUUGAAACGAUUGUGGAACAGGCCCCACUGGCCAUCGAAGACCUCCUGAAUGAACUGGACGCGCAAGAUGACCAGGCGGCGUCGGACAGCGAUGAGUCCUCGGAGGGCGGUUCCCUCUCCAAGGCUGAACCUGAGGCUGGUGAGGAGCAAGCAGGUGACGACAGGGACAGUGGCGGCCCCGUCCUCCAGUUCGACUACGAGGCAGUUGCUAACAGACUGUUUGAAAUGGCCAGCCGCCAGAGCACCCCUUCUCAGAACAGGAAGCGCCUCUACAAAGUCAUCCGGAAGCUACAGGACCUGGCAGGAGGUGUUUUCCCCGAGGACGAGAUCCCGGAGAAGGCUUGCAGGCGUCUGCUCGAAGGGAGGCGGCAAAAGAAGACAAAGCAGCAGAAGCGUCUGCUCAAGCUGCAGCUGCAGCGCGGGAAGGGGAAAGGUGAGACGGAGCCCUUGAGCCCGGGCAUGGAGAGGAAGAGCAGCAGGAGGUGCGUGGGGGCCGACCCUGAGGUGCGGGCAGAGGCUGCUGAGCGGGCCCUGCUCCGAGAGCAGCCUGGGGGCCGUGGCCAGAGAGGGGCUCGCCGGAGGAGGAGGGUGCCCCGUGCCCGAGCCCAAGCAGAGGUGCCCAGCGUCCAGGAGCCGAAGAAGAAGAAAUGCAGGAAGUGACGUGGCCGGGCCCAGGGCAGGCAGGGAGGGAGGCCAGGCCGUGCUUGCACCGAGGGACGAGGCUGACUGGGCCGUUCCGUGGACUUGGGACCAUGGCUCCAGAGCUCCUGUGCCAGGCGGAGGCAAGGGCGGCACUGGAGAGGUGGACCCGCCAUUAGGAGCCAGCGUCCCGGGAACCACUCCUCUCCCUAGCCUCCGCCUGUGGCUGCGAUGACCUUGGGUCAGAAGGUCAACUCUAAGACUGAAAACUCCCCCUGCAGCAGGACUGGCCGCCCCCGCCAUGGGGGUUCUGGAAAUAAAGUGCUGCGCAGCACUUGCCCUGGAAA